GGGCAGCUACGGAAGCCGGGCAGGCUCGUCGCCUGGGCCGCAGACUUUGCGUUCACCGCGGUUGUCGUAGUUCCGGCUGAGCGUUCGCCGAGUUCUGGCGGCUGGAGGCUGCUCUGCCGGCAGGCAACGGUAAGCGGUGGGUGUCCCGCUCCGCCAGCCUAGCUCCUGCGGGAUCCCCGGCUGGCCCGGGCCCGGGUGCCGCACUCACGGCGGCUCCGCCGCAGGCGCGGAGCGAGCAGCAGCCCGCAUCCUCCGAGGUCGGCGUCAUGAGGAGCCUGCCGUUCUUCUGCCGCGGUCAGGUGGUGCGCGGCUUCGGCCGCGGCUCCAAGCAGCUGGGCAUCCCCACAGCCAAUUUUCCUGAACAAGUAGUAGACAAUCUUCCAGCUGAUGUGUCCACUGGCAUUUAUUAUGGUUGGGCCAGUGUCGGGAGUGGAGAUGUCCAUAAAAUGGUGGUGAGCAUAGGAUGGAACCCAUACUACAAGAAUGUGAAAAAGUCCAUGGAAACCCACAUCAUACAUACCUUCAAAGAAGACUUCUAUGGAGAAAUUCUCAACGUGGCCAUUGUUGGCUACCUCAGACCAGAAAAGAACUUUGAUUCUUUAGAGUCACUCAUUUCAGCGAUUCAAGGUGAUAUUGAAGAAGCUAAAAAGCAACUGGAUUUACCAGAACAUUUGAAACUCAAAGAUGACAAUUUCUUCAAAGUUUCUAAAGGCAAAAUUAUGAAUGGCCACUGAUGAAACUGUCCACUCACUGUGGUGUCUCUAGCUUGUGAUACAGUCUCACCUUCAUCAUAUUUUAGAUCCAACCUUUGUCUGUAGCUAUCAAGUGUUCUUCAGCUCUUAGCUCCAUCAUGUUCUGUAGUACUAAAAGAUUCAUUCAAAAAUCAAGACUUUUUAAAUGUAAUAUGUUGAUUACAAUGUAGCACUAGAAAGCUAGUGUCUUGUAGCGGAAAUAAAGUCUGAGUGUCACUGGGGGAGUGAAGACUGGCUGCGGUUCUCGUAACCAUGUGUGCUGGCGCUGCUGAGUGGGGCUGUUCCAGGAAAUGCAACACGGACCUUACCGGGAGGAAAGUCUACAGUGUAUUUUUAUUAUGUUGUGUAUUAAUAUAUUUUACAGACUGACAGACUUGUGAGCUUUGAGUCACUUCAUUUGAGUGUCCCAGUGCCUGUGUGGAGCUACUUCAGCUUGAAGUGGCCCGAUUGUCCCACAUCAGGGAGUUCGCUUUUCUGCACAGUACUGAAGACUGCACAGGGCCUCAUCAGCAGGAACAACACUGAAUUAGACCCCAGCCCCCUUUUCUCUUUAAGUCAUACAGUGUCUUGCUUUUGUGUUGUUAAAUGCCUUUUUAAAAAGUAGAUGGCCUUACUCUUUAAGGGUGUUUUUUUUUUUCCCCCUGAGGUUCAUUUUUACCCCUAUAAGUGAUUGAUGUUAUUCACAUUUGGAAUAUCCUACAGCCAUGUGCUUCAGAGAUUGCAUGUGUGUGUACACCAUUCCGUUCAUUACCGUGUGAAUGGUGGUCAGGUGCAUAUACGCAUUGCAUUUAUAGGAGAAAACCCAACUUCAUUUAUAGGCUUCCUUGGGAUUGAAAUGAACACAACCGUGUGUGUGUGUGUGUGUGUGUGUGUGUAAAAUUUUCUCUCCUUUUGAGACAGACUUCCAUUAUGUAGCUCCGGCUGGCUUUAGAUGAGUCCUAGAGAUCCAUCUUUCUCUGCACUGGGAUUAAAGGAAUGUACCACAAAGCUUGGUUAUAACAGUUGCCUAAAAGAACACAAAAUAUUUGUCUUCUCCUUAGGUAACUAAUAAUUAAAUGAUGACGUAGAAGUAUUUUUUACAAAGUGUGGUCCUAUGUUUUCAAAGUAAAUUAUGUCUGUGUAGCUCUGUAUGAACAGCUACUUAAGUAUAAUUUAAUGCUCACCAAAAGAGUCCUUGUAGUUUCAGAAAUGGAGAAGGUUUAGCUAAAUAUCUUCAUAUCUCCCGGUUUCCCUUUUAUUCUAUCUUGUGGUGGCUUGAGUUCUUUAAAGUUGGAUUACAGAUCAUUUUGUGCCCAUCAGCACUUGAAUCAUUUUUUGCUAUAUGGCAACAGAUUUGCUGGUGGGAAGGGUACGCAUUGAAGUAUGAAGGCAGUCACCACACACAUGUGGUGCAUGCAAAUGGGUUGUGGUGAGAGAUGGAACUCACUCAGCCUUAGGAAUACUAGGCAAGUGCUCUACCACUGAGCUACAUCCCUAGCCUUGAAAAUGGAAUUUUUGAUGUUGAAAUUCUAUACUUAAAAGAAGCCUUAAUUAUCAGUGGAUUUAUGAAGCAAAGUGAAAAACAAACAUGGAAAGUACAAGAAUACAUUUGUGUUUUUUUUUUAGUAAUACUAGCUCACUGUUAUGUUUCAUUAAGUGUAUGAAAGUUCAUUGCUAAUGUCAUCUCACAUUUUGUUAAACAGUCGUUGCUUUGGGAUUAUACAGUAUGUGGUUUAGAGGUUAGUCAAUUCUCUGGACUUCUGUAUUGUUGCUGUAUUAUAAGAAAUUAUAGUACCAUUUUGAUUCGUCUGAAUGUUUUUAGGCCUUGGAAUAAAUUUUGACUACGUGUUACUUUUUUCCUCUUCA